CAACCAACGGCUCUUUGCACACUCAACAGCCAUCUCGCUCACACUUGUAUUGCGCAAAUGAACAUAACAAAGGUUUGCAAAAAAUUUAUAAUAACAGAGUUGGGCUGUUUGCACGAAUGAGCUGCGCGCCAGCGAAUAGUGAGCAAAGCAAAGUGGAUAAGAGAAGCAACAACAAAAGAGCAAUCGAGGCAAAAAGUUGACAGCUUUGUGGAAAAGAAGCGGCGUCAGUAGAAUAUAUUGCUGUGUGCGAGAAAUUAGUGUGUUGCGCUAAAGUUGUUAAUAAAUUCGACAUAAAAACAUAUAUAAAAUUUGCAAAAAUAUAUAAAAUUUAUAUUUAAUGAUAAUAUAAGCGCUAAGGAGUAAGUUAGAGUAGUGGAACCGUAAGUGAGUGUGUUAAAUAAACGCUAACAUGAUGAUCAACACACUGCUAGAGCAUGUACCCAUAAAACUGGAAGCGCCGGAUAAUGGCGACGAGGGAGACGCAGAAAACAAUAGCAAACAGAAAAACAAAAUUGUGAAAAUGAAUGGUAAGAAUGUAGUCGUGGAUGAAGAUGUUAGCGGUGAAGAUGAUGAAGAGGACGACGAAGACACUGACGAGGAUGAUUCUGAAACGGAUCUACUGGAGGAGGAUGAUGAUGCGACAUUAGUACCGAUUAGCAGCGAUGAAGAAGCAGAGCUGGAAGCCCAACGUAUACGAUUCCAUGAAAUAAUAGGGAAAAACUUGCAUUUACCAACUGUUUCCAAAAACGAUGCACUUAAAGGUGGUAAAAAGACAAAAUCUGCGAAGAAACUACGUGGUCGCAGUGUUUCGAGUUGUGCUAGUGUCAGCAGUAAAACUUCCGUAGCUUCUUGCUCAUCUGCCUCAUCAGCUGCAAACAGCAAACGUUCGAAGCAGAGUGAUGUACCAAAGCAAAAACAAAAGUCAGAUUCUAAGGUUAAAAAGACAGUUGCACGGAGAAAUGUGGAAAAAGGUACCAGUACUGAAUCAGAAGCCGAGCAUGAUGAUAUUGCUGCAACAUAUAAACGUCCACUUCGUAGUCGUGUUCCCUCCACUUGCUCUGUAGCAUCAUCGCUAGUCACGCCUUCAUGUCAAACGGAAUCUUGUGGAAAUAUUUAUGUGUACGAGGAGCAGCAAAAACUUAUAUUUAAUUGUAGCUUUUGCGACUUACGUUAUGGCGAUAUGUCGUCGUUCGCAAAACAUUUACAUGAUGCACAUAAACUGUUUCAGGAGGAUGAAGAUGUGACCACCACAAAAGUAGCGCGUAAAAGUCCACGCACACUAACGAAGCAACAGGCUGAAAAUAAAGCGCAGGCGCAGGAUAACAAACUGAAGGUGGUAAUUAAGACGGAGAUAGACCCAUACCCUGAAGAAAUUGGUGAUGAUAGCUCAAGUGCACACUCAAUGUCACCAAUUCCUGGUGAUGCAACACUGGAGUCAUGUGGAAAUGUAUUUAUUUUAAAUGGCAAAAAGCUUUUCUUAAUUUGUGGACACUGUGAGUGCAAAUAUGCCACAUUGGAUUUAUUCCAUAAACAUUUGAGGCAACAACAUCAAUUAUUCUCCGGACCGGUAAAGGAAAUAGAUGUAUUACCCAAGUGUGAAAUUAAGCUUGAGCCGUGCGAUGAAGUAGGGCAGCUAACGAAAAUGAAUGCAGCAGCUAUGGCAAUUGAUAAACAGCGAAAAGCUAGCAUCGAAGCAAUGUCAGCUUCGCCUGUGAUGGUAGUGUUGCCAGUGUCACAAAAUGUGGACAACAAUGACAUCUUGCCAGCAACUGUUGCAGUGCAAGCGCCAGAAACGCCACCCCCUGAAGAAGACAAGACAGUGGAAGCGACAACAAUAAAUACGUCCAACAAACACGAAGCAUUGUCUGAGAAAACAGUUAUGAGUGAAGCAGUCUGCGAAGUAGCAAAUGAAGAGGUGGAUGAUAAUGAAAUACCGCCAAGGGUUGAGGAGCAUGCGCAGUUGGAAACGACGCAACAGGUGCCUGCUACAGUAAAGUUUGUAAGUGAAAAAGCACACAAUUCUCUUGGAGAAACUAUUGAAGAUGUCGAACACACAAACAAUGCGGAAGAACAGAAACCUGCAGCAAAACGCAAAAGAAAGCGCCGAUCGGUUUUUUCGAAACGUUCGCCGCCAAAGAAACGAGCUGCAACAACAAAAGCUGCAAAUGCACAACAAACUGAAAAUAAUGACGAAAGCAACACUGAUGGCGCAAUUGCAUUCCCUCCAGCCACUAUAUCUGUUGCAGAACCCGCUAAAAUGGUUAAUGACGUCCACUUGGCCCCCAUUGCCGAAGAAACACCGAUGGAAACAGAUUUCACCGAAACGGAUGUCAAAACUUUGACUAAUUUAGUGCAAGAUGUUGUUUCAGAUAUAGCUGCCCCUAUAAACGCUAAUGAAAUUAAAAAACAAAAAGCUAAAGAAAAGAAAGAAAGCGCAGAAAAAAUAAAAAUCCACGCAAAGCCGACUGCCAAGCGAACUCGCAAAAAUAAAAAUCUUACCGUUGAAAACGAAGAAUCAGUUUUACCGUCUAAAAGUGCUACCGCCUCCAAAUCUUCGUCGCCUGAAUUCUCAGGCAAAUCUUCGCCUGAACUCGAUUUGGCAUUGGAUGCAACAUUGGCGGCCAGUAAACCAGUCGCACAUCCCAUGCGCACAACAUGCUACUCCGAAACUCAUAAGCUACGCUACGCUUGUAAUCAGUGUCCAAAAUCGUUCAGUAAGUCACCACGUCUGGCCGAACACAAGCGUUUACACACAGGCGAGAAGCCGUUCAGUUGCGAAGAAUGUGGCAAAACUUUCCGCAUUAAAAGACGUCUAAGUGAGCAUAAAAUGCGUCAUCUCAAAGUGAAGGCAUAUAAGUGUGAAACCUGUGGCAUGCCGGUGGCUACCAAACAAGACCUCAGACUACAUCAACGCCAUCACACCAAUGAUAGGCGUUAUAAUUGCCCUGACUGUUCGAAAGCCUUUGUGCGCAGCUCCGAUUUGAAAAUACAUAGACGUGUGCACACGGGUGAGAAGCCGUUCGUUUGUGAAAUUUGCCAGAAAACAUUUCGGGCCAACCAGAAUCUCCUUGUGCAUCGGCGUUCACACAUGGGCGAGAAGAAUUAUAAAUGCGAUUAUUGCGACAAACGCUUUAUGCGUAAUAUCGACCGCAAGGUGCACCAUCGCACGCAUACAGGUGAAAGACCAUUUAAAUGCGAAAUUUGUGGACGGUGUUACUCUUCGCGUGCUCAUGUGCGCGCACACAUACAACGUGAACAUGUCGAAAAUGGUGGUGACACAAAACCCGAACGCAAGAAAGCCGAACGUAAGACAAAAGUAACUGCAACGGACGAAAUUGUGAAGGAACAACAGUUAAUUGAUGAAAUACAAGAACAAAUAUUGCAGUGUUUAAAAACCGACGAUUUAGAUGAUGAGGAGUUGCCAGCCACAGCAACAGCAACAACGACUAUUGUGAAAGCUGCUGAAAUAAAAAAGCAGAAACGGCGAAAAUCAACACCCCGAACAUCGCCGGCACUAAAGAACGGCGUUGACAACGAUAUGCCCGCGCAUACACCCCAUCAGGCACAAACGAUGGGCGUGCAACAGGUAUCCGUAAUGGUGUCAAUGCAAGUGCAGGACAAUGAACCGAUGCCUGAGAAAGAGAACGCCUCGACGCUGGUGGGUGGGGUCUCAGCACCACUAAGCAAGAGCACAAAGAGUGAGCGUAAAAUAUCGAGUUAUUUCACUGUGUUGGGACAAAAAACAGAAAUCUAAAGACUUGCACAUUUCAAAUGGAACUAAAAAAACGCAGAAUAUUAUUUUACACUUUUUAUAGUGGUUAAUUAGGCGUAAGCGAUACACAUACACACAAUUAUCUAAGACAACAUUAGAUAUAUAGAAUUCUCCAAUAAUAUAUUUAUACAUAAAAUAGGUUAUAGUAUAUCAUAUAUCAUAUAAAAGGCGGCACUGUCUUCAAACACAUGUGUGUAGUUAUGUUGGAAACACGAAACAAUACAACUGAAAGACCUCGCCUAAACUGUUGACAAGAAAUUUGAACUGUUGAAACUGUUAAAAUUACUGUUGAGCAUAUACAUAAAAUUUUCAAAAUUUAACUACUACUUAGUGUGUUUCCUAAUUGGCCGCUUUGCGAUUUUCAUAAUUUAUUACAAACACACAUUUUUGCUGAUAUUAUUUGAUUUAACACAAAACAAUUUGUUGCAGUGCCAACGUUAUUCCACGAACAAAUCCAUAAACGCAUACAAUAAUUUAUUCAAUUUACUUCAACUUCUUAUGUUGCAACUCACUUCUUUUAAGUUACUUAAAGCGUAAAAGUCAACUUGAAGAGUGCUACACUGCACACACUUACGAUGCAUACCAUUUAUAUUAUACUCAUUAAACUAAAAUGAUAUUCCUAAGUUUGGUUUAAUUUUAGCGCUUAAUUUAUACACUCAAGCGGCGGCUUUAGCGGCUGGCGCAGUUUAAUUAUAACGCAUACAUACAUACAUAGUUUUAAUUAUUAUUAUUAUUUUUUUUUUUUAAGAGAGAGCGCAUACAAUUAAACGCUGAAUUUAUGGAUUUAUUUGCUUACAAAUUAUAUAUUUAAUAAUUUCAAUGCAUUCUUUGUAGACUUAAAUUAAGUUGGUCGCAGUUAAACUUAAAAGACAAAACGAAUGCACUACACAAGCGCUCUACGGUUCGAUGUGAGUUUCGGCAGAAAUUGAUUGCCUCAGAUUUCGAAAUUGGUUGGUAUAUAUAUAUGUGUGUGUAUGUCCUAUGCAUUGUAUAUAUUGAUGUAUAUGCUUUUGUUGUUGCUAGUUUGCAAAUGUCCGUUUCCUCGUUGACAGCUGCAGAGGCAAAAAAGGUGUUUGAUUGUGGCUGAGGCGCUACCUCACUCACUCACUCCCUGACGCAGCUGUUUGUAAGGAAAUGCUCACUUCAACCCCAACAAAUUCACACACUCAUAUGUAUACUCACUGUAUUUUUGCCGUGCCGUGUUCGGUAACUAAUUGCUGUGUGUGUGUGUAAACAAUUAAGUUUUGAUUUAAUUACAUUUACACAUUACUUUUUCAAUGCUUAAUACGCGUUUAGUUUGUAGUUAUCAUUAAUUUAAAAUUUAAUAAACUCGUAUGAUUUGUAA